UUAGUUGGCUAGCUGGAUUAUUUUCGUCACCCUGCAAUUUUCUUAUUUUUCACAGCUCAAGUUGAAGCUGGGGUCUAUAAAUUUCCAGUCCUAAAUUUGGAACUGCAACUACAUUCAAGUUUACAGCUGAAGCUUGUCUGCAAACGAAAAUGGGAUCGGUUCGUUUUUCCGGGAUUUUAUUAGCUUCAUGCUUUUUGGUGAUUUUAGGCCUCAGUGAAGCUCAGUUGCAGUUGGGUUUUUAUGCCAAGAACUGCCCAAAAGCAGAGAAGAUUGUGAAGGAUUUUGUAGAUGAACACAUACACAAUGCACCUUCAGUUGCAGCAGCCCUCAUAAGAAUGCACUUCCAUGACUGCUUUGUCAGGGGUUGUGAUGCAUCUGUUCUUCUGAACUCAACUUCAAGUAACCAAGCUGAAAAAGUUGCCCCUCCAAAUCUAACACUCAGAGGCUUUAACUUCAUUGACAGAAUCAAGACCCUACUUGAAGCUGAAUGCCCUGGAGUAGUUUCUUGUGCAGAUGCUAUUGCUUUGGCAGCAAGAGACUCUAUUGUAGCAACAGGAGGUCCAUUUUGGAAGGUUCCAACAGGUAGAAGAGAUGGGGUGAUCUCAAGGAGAGCAGAAGCCUUAGCCAACAUCCCAGCCCCAACCAGCAAUUUCACCACUCUCCAAACAAGUUUUGGUAAUGUUGGUCUUGAUUUGAUGGACUUGGUCUUGCUCUCAGGGGCUCACACAAUUGGUAUCUCUCAUUGCUCAUCAUUUUCGAACCGUCUUUACAAUUUCACCGGAGUGGGUGACCAGGACCCGGCUUUGGACAAGCAAUACGCAGCGAAUCUCAAGGCAAACAAGUGCAAAAGUUCAACUGAUAAUACUACAAUAGUUGAAAUGGACCCUGGAAGCCACAGGACAUUUGACCUCAGCUACUACACACUUUUGCUCAAAAGACGAGGCCUCUUUCAAUCUGAUGCUGCUUUAACCACAAGCUCAACCACCCUUAAUUAUAUCAACCAGCUCCUCAAAGGUCCACUUCAGAAUUUCUAUGACGAAUUUGCCAAGUCCAUGGAGAAAAUGGGUCGGAUUAAUGUUAAGACUGGAUCAGCUGGUGAGAUUAGGAAGCAAUGUGCAGUUGUUAAUAGCUAGGAAUAAUCUUUGGUUAAAUAAUUUCUCAGUCUUUUCUUAUUAGUAUUUUUUUUUUUUUUUCGUUUUCGGUGUGGCAAUGUUUAUGUAUGCUUUUUUAUUUAUUUAAAGAGUAUAGGUUGAUUGGGUUUGUAUGAAAUUAUGAAUAAAUGAGGUCCAUCGAUCGGAGUGUUGCUUUC